UAUAAACUAAUGCUUUUGUCCUAUUCCUCAGUCUCGGCGUUAGUACCUUUCCUAGAACAAGCCCACUGCUCUUCCUUUCCUUCCGUCCUUCCCUGGAGUAUGAGAUCAAUAUCUGUAACAUGCUCCUUUCCUCUUCAUAUGCCAGUUACAACGUCUAGACCACUUUUAAAACAUGCCAACAAGACUGUGAUGCUUAAACACAAUCAAGUUCCUGGCAAGAGAGCAUCCACACUUCGGAUCAGAUCCUUCUCGAAGAACAAGGUUUUCGAGGAUCAGUCUGAGGGUGUCAUCUGCUAUAGAGAUGAAAAUGGAGAAAUAGUUUGUGAAGGAUACGAUGAGGGCCCUCGAUUUCCUCGACAGAUUCAUGGAUCAUUUUGCCAUCUGAGUGAUGCUGAGAUCCUUGAUCUUCUUCAAGAUAGAUGGCUUCAAAUUGUUAAUGGUGGCGGAUUCAGCAAUGCUAAUAAAGGUGUUAUCAUCGUGCAAGAUGACUCCAAGCGGAAGGAUUUUAACAAAUUUCACCAAUAGAAGCCUGGCUCUUACCAAGAUUCUACAGAUUUCAUGAAGUAAUUAUUGUGCAGCAUGUACAAGAAAGACACGUCAAUUAUUAGAGAUUGUAUAUAGAAAGCAGAAAAGCUCUCUCUUGUAAUCGCCAACGUUUUUGUGUUAUGGAGGAUCAAAACUCACGGGUCCUUCGGAUUUCUUGUUAUUUUUCAUCAAAUACCCCUUCUGGUUACAGGCUAACAGCAUUGUGAAUGCAUGACUCCCGCAUCCUAAAAGUUGACUUUCUGGACUGCCUUUUAUGCUAUAAAUGGUCAAAUAAUUCAAAGUUUGGAACCUUA